AUGCGUGUAGCAGUGAUAGGGGCCGGAGCAUCAGGACUUUGUGUCGCUCGUCAUCUCACUGUAAACAGCAACUUUUCAUAUGUUGUGUAUGAGCAGACAGGAAAUGUCGGAGGUACCUGGGUAUACACUGAGGCUACCGGCUCUGAUGAUUAUGGGUUACCGGUUGCCUCGGCCAUGUACAAAAAUUUGAGGACGAAUUUACCUACUAAAACCAUGGAAUUUCCAGAUUACCCAUUCCAUAAUAAAAAUUCAUUUGCAGCUGGACGAGAAGUUUUACAAUAUCUGGAAGAUUAUAGCAACCACUAUGAGUUGCAGAAUUACAUUAAGUUUUUCCACCAUGUUAAACAAGUAAAACCCAAAGAUGGAAAAUGGGAGUUGCUAAUUGUUGAUCUUCCGAAUAACCGAGAAUUUAUUGAUCAAUGUGAUGCUGUCGCUGUUUGCAUCGGACACUAUAGUGUUCCAAGAGUGGGGGCUUUUCCGGGACUUGAGAGUUUCCAAGGAAUCGUUCAACACAGCCACUCUUACAGGACUCCUGAACGAUUCACUGACAAGACCGUGCUCGUCUGUGGGGGCGGACCUUCUGGAGUAGACAUCUCCUUUGACCUCGCAAAGUUCGCUUCCAAGGUGUACUUCAGCCAUCGAGAAGUCAAGAAAGGCGUGUAUCCUGAUAAUGUUGAGGAGGUUCCAGUUGUCAAAGAGGUUCUCAGUGAUCACGUUGUCUUUCAAGAUGGUGCAGCUUCUGGACGUAUCGAUGCUAUUCUUAUAUGUACAGGUUACAACUACUCGUUCCCGUUUCUCUCUCCUGAAUGUGGCAUCACUGUUGUUGAUGGGAGAUAUGUUGAGCCACUCUACAAUCAUCUUAUCAACAUCAAUCAUCCCACAAUGGCUUUCAUCGGCAUUCCUUUCAGGACAUUCAUUUUCCCAAUGUUCCAUCAACAGGUCAAGUUCUUUUUAAAAUCACUGAGCGGCACGUUCCAACUACCAAGUCGAGAUGAAAUGAUGGCUGAACUAGAAGAAUAUGUAAGGAAAAAACAAGACCGUGGAAUACCUCUUAAGUUUUAUCAUGAAAUCCAUGACGAGGUCAGAACUUACAUACAGCGGCUUGAGUCGAUGGCAUCAUUAGAACCUCUUUCUCCCAUCUACUUCAAUAUAUUCUACGCAACAACUGAACUUCGGAAAAAAUACCUGGAUUGUUACAGAGAGGCUAAUUUUGAAGUGGUCGAUGACUUUUAUUUCAAAAUCUCUGGAGUACCAGUUGAUAAGGAAGAGCUGAUUAGUAAUAAAUACCAUAUUAGACCUGUUAGUAGUAAUUUGUAAGUCAUCUCUGUGAUGGAGCAUGUAUUAAGGAUAGUGAAAUAGACAUUCCAUCUAAACUUCUAAACGAGCUGUAGCUGAAACAUCUUAUCUUAUCUAACAGGGGCAGGUCGAGACCUUAAAGCACUUCAUCCGAAAUCGAAUUAUUGCCAGACAAUUGCUUUUUUUGUUGACCUACAAGUUAAGGCGCCCAAUGAAUGCCUGUAGCUUCCCAAUUAGUUCAUCCUCAGGAAGAUGUCUACCUCUAGCCAUAUUUCCAAGAGUUAUCAAUCUAGCGUCAGAGAGCUCGUUACAAUCAAAGAGUAAGUGAUCAGCUGUCUCUUCUGACCUAUCACAGUACCUACAGAUCGGUUCACCAUCAUAUAAGCCCAUCCGUUGUAGAUGUUUCCUGAAUCUCCCAUGACCAGUUAUCAGUUCAACAGUUAAUUUAAUUCUUCGUCUGUCUAGUCUCAAGAGGUCAGAGGCGACCUUUUUGGAAGGCCUAAACAGAGUAAGCUUGCUGACCCUAAGAAGGGGAACAUCGACCCAGCGUUUGCGUUGCUUUUCCUUGGCCCAUGGCGCAAUCACAGAACAUGCACUGUUUCGUGAGAUGCCACAGAAGGAUUGUGGGCCUAUCAUUGUUGUAGCAGAGGCAGUAUUUGCCAAUCUAUCUGCAGCUUCAUUACCUUUUAUGCCUGAGCGUCCUGGCACCCAGCAAAGCAGGUAGCAGGUGGACACUAGCAGGUGGUUGGUAGCAGGUGGUAGUUUAAGCAGGUGGUAGGUCAUUUCUCCUACCCAACUCAGACACAGAAGCAAGACAGUCCCACACGAGCCUAGAGUUGAAUUCGUAAGAGUUUAGUGCUUUUAAGGUCGCUUUACUAUCAGUAAAGAUAUUGAUUGUUUUGUCUCUGAUAUCUUUGUUAAGAUGUUCUCGAGCACAAAACAGAAUGCCAGUGCCUCCAUUUAUACAAUGCGCACCUGCUCCAGUGCCCCCAUUUUUUAUCUUAGAACCAUCAGUGUAGCAUUCUAAAUCAUCUGUGGGUAUGGGUCCUUUUCCGCCAGACCAAUCCUUCCUAUCUGCAGUGGCGUAGCCAAGGGGGGGGGGGUUUUGGGGGUCAUAAAACCCCCCUUGACGAAAGGAUUUUGCCGUGAUUGUGAAAGAUAUUUACGAUUUUGACCAUAAAAACUCCUAAUACUGUAUAAAUGAACAUUAUUGUGAUGAUUAAUUUGCUUUUCACAUAAUAAAAAUACAAUUACAGUAGUAUUGCACAAUCAUGAUAAGUUGUCAUUAACCUUGGUUAGUAAUACAGUAUAAACUAGCGUUUAAAACCGCACCUAACUCAAACAAAAAAUAAAAGACCGUACAGCAAUAAAUCACGUAAAGAACAGAACAAUAGAAAGUCUAGUAAGUUAUACUGCUAUUUAAUUUUUAAGUAUUGUUAGCCUACUUGUAGUAAGUAGGGUACUGAUACGACCUGUUUUAAGACGGAAUAAUGUCGAUAAAAUAUUAAUAACUAUAUAACUCAUAAAAAAGUAUAAAAUUAUAGUACCGUAACCUUUUUAAAGAUAAUAACAUGACAACACUAAUAGUAAGAUGAAGGUAGAACAAUUAAUGACAUAAAAACAUUGCUUACUCAUUCUCUUAGGUUGUCUAUUCUUUCUUUUUAUCCACACAUUUAUUAAGUUUCCUUGGUUACUGAUCAGUAAUUACCCAGUCACAAGCAUUAUGGUCAAACAUUGUGAAAUAGUGAACAGCAGACAGACAUGAUGUGUUUUGUAUAAGGCCGGUUUCACACGAGCCACAAAGCGCCCGACAAUCGCGAAACGCCGCUUCUGACUGUUGUGGCGCGCUUGUCGCGAGAGAAUCGCAACCUGACACAGAAAAGAAGAGCCCCAUUCACUUAACAUUGGAACACGGCGUGCCUUUCACACAAAGUGGCGUCUUUUUGCGUUUAACGCUAGAACGCGCUGCAAUCGCAUGCAGUGGCUCUGUUCUCGACAAUUUUGGCGUUUGUAGGUGGUUAUUGCCACUCAGACAGUCAAAACAACCAGUCACCCUGUUUUGUUAAGAUUUUUUUUACUUUUAUAACAUUAAGUUAUAUCUGACUUUGACACAGACCGUUUUAUCGUAGAAGUAGGGUGUAGGCCAGUGUUGUGGGACCAAGAAUGUAUAGAUUACUCAAAUACUCUAUGACGUCGUACCGCAUGAAGAAGCAUUAUAAAAAAUAAGUCUUCUUUAUCGUCCAUUGUAGCACUGAACUGCACUCGUAGUCUUUCCAAGCGGACUGGUGUUUUGGUUUAUUUCAGGGAGGUGCGGUAUGAAAUGGCGAUAAACUGAUGGAAAUCGUGGAAUCAUGUUUUUGCCAUCUGAAAGGUCCCACGCGAUUGAGCGCUGCCAGUGGCGCGUUUCUGCCGACGAUUGUGGCACGUUUGUGGCUCGUGUGAAACCGGCCUAAGGAGCAGACGUCUGUCAGUGCCGUGCAAGCGCAUAGCUUGACCUUGAAGCUAUCAACCGAUACUUCAUCGUUAUGCUUCCAUUUUAAUUUUGUCAAAUAAACAACUGUGAUGUUUCCAAAUCAAUAAUCUGGAAAACUACUGCAUACAAAUAAUGGUCGAAAAAUGUUUAGCCUAAAUAUUUUUAACACAUUCAAAAAACACAAUUUAUAACUUUUCUUGCGAAUUUCAAAUGGAUAAUGAGGUUAGGUAACAUAAUUUUAGAGGCAUCUAUAGGUUAUUGACCAUAGUUGAUCCACCGCCUGGUUAAAGUUUUUAGUAAUAGACAAUACAUAACGUACUGAAUAAACUGGACCUGGUUAUGCUUAGUUCUCAAGUGGAACUGUGCAUAUGAAGAACGUUGAAAAAUAAAAUGUAUUAGAGGGUGCAAAUAACAAAUCUACUACUAACUGUACCUAAUUACAUUUUUAAAUAACAUCUUACACUUGAUUUUUGUGGCCAUUAGUUAUUUUUUAAAUUAUUUAUUUCAUAGGUUACAGCUGCGGCCCUCAAACCCCCCUCCAUAUCAGCUAUGUGAAAACCCUCCCCUUGACUCAAUCCUGGCUACGCUACUGCCUAUCUGGUAUAAAAAAAAAAUAUCUGGUAUAAAAAAUCUGGUAUAAAAAAUACUCCUUUGGAAAGCCUUUCAAAGUACUAAUAAGUACUUUGAAAGGCUUUCCAAAGGAGUAUUUUUUGGACAUGUGUUCUGAAGGCAAGUCCAAUUCAUCAUUAUGUACCACCUGAACAAUUUUGGAGUGCUCUUUAUUGUUUCCUGAGGUGUUAGCUGAAACAUAAUUAAACCCAUUACAGAGUGAGCUAAUAAAGCUCUAUUUUCUCUUUCGGUUUUUUCAUACCUUAAUAGUUAUUACUUGGAUGCUUUUUACAAUAGAUUGCCAUUUGAAUUUGUCAUGAUCAAACAUUAGGCAAUAAUGUAAGAAAACAGUGUUUUAUCUGCUUUUGGCAGCUCAAUUGACCCAAGUUAUUUAUACUGAACAUGGAUACAACGCUGACCUUGAUAAUUCAGUUAUAGCAAUUUCUUAAUCCAUAAAAUAACCUUAAACCUCACUGUAAAAUGAGCAACUGAACACAAAAUAGGAUAAUUUUUUUAAAUGGUAUAAUAUCACAAAUAAUUUGUAGCCUGUAUCUUCAAGAUAUUUUAUUUAAGUCUGCCAAAGCAAUAUUUUUCUCCAAUUUUUUUUAUGAGCUUAUUGACACCUUCACAUCGUUGUAACAACUAAUUAAUGUUAUUGACCACUUUUGAUUAUUUUCUUACGUUAUCGCAGUACCUUAUUUAUCAAAUCUCUGUGUGGAAUGGGAUAACAACUAGAUGCUCUGUAACGUAAGAUUUUAAAACGUUACAUACUAUUGUUUCUGAUAUUUUGUUUUCCAUAACUUUAUAUUGUUAUUAUGAUGUGAUAUUAUAGUUCAAAGUUACAUUGUAUAUCAACAAUUUAUGUAAUAUAUUAUUGUUAUCUAUGUUGGGGUGAGGGAUGUAUAUUUUUAUACCUUUGAUGAAAAUCAAACAUUAAUUGUGAUAUGCAAACGUUCAUAUUUUAAUUUUACAUUUGUGGAAGCAUAAUAAAUAUAUUAUUUUUGUUUUUA